GUAUUAGUUGUAGUGGAAACAUGAUAUUGGUACUUGUUGCGCAUACUUAAAAUAUAAUAAUAGUUCACCUUAAAGUAGUUUAAAAAACGCUUAAUAUUGGCAAUACUCUUUAUAUUUGAUACUCGAACUACAACAGCUGACAUAAACAUUCACACUCGAGACUCGUUGGUUGUCAAAAUUCAUCUGUCAAAUAGCAUUGGAAACUAGCGCCUGCACGUGCGAUUGUUUUAAUUUAUUUUGUUUUGAAUUAAUUUGACUCUUGAAUAAAGUGAAUAACAAACAUGAAGAAAAGUAAAGUAGAAUCAUCUGAUUCUGAAUAUUAUUCUGAUGAUAACUCUGAUGCUGAGUUGCAAGAGGCUUUUGCGCGUGGCGACCUAAAACCCGGUCUAAAUAUUGAAUUUAAUCAAACAACAGGAAAAGUUAAUGAUAUUCCCAAAAUACUAGCAAAAGUAGAUGAAAUAAAAUUAGAUUUACCAUGGAUUGAACGAUUGGAUAUGACAAAUGAUUUGGCUCCUCUAGCACCAGAGUUAGUCAUACAAAUGGAGAAACAUGAACAGAAACGUGCCAACAUGUUUAAGGGAAACCUAAAAAUACCUUAUGUACAGCCAGAGGAAGAUCCUGUCAUAAAUGAUUUUAAACGUGAAAUGUUAUUUCAUCGUCAAGCACAAUCUGCUGUAAUUGAAGGUAUUAAAAAGUUGCACGCACUUAAUAUAAAAACACGUCGACCGGAUGAUUAUUUCGCUGAAAUGGCCAAAACAGAUGAACAUAUGCAGAAAGUCAGAUCAAAUCUUAUGGCCAAACAAGAGGGACAGGCUAAAUCAGAACGCAUACGUCAAAUUCGUGAACAACGUAAAAUGGGUAAAUUGUUGGCUAAGCAAACAAAAGUGCAACGAGAAAUGGAAAAGAAAGAAAUGCUCGAUAAGUUAAAGAAGUUCCGCAAAGGUAAACUUAAGAAUUUAGACUUUCUAGAAGAUGCAAAAGCAUUGGAAUCCAAGAAAAAGAAAUCAGCAGAAAAUCGCAAGCAACGAAAUAAGAAAUUUGGAUUUGGUGGUAAAAAGAAGGGCUUAAAGAGAAACACAAAAGCAUCAGCAGCGGGUUUGGAAAAAGUGAAAGGCGCACGUAAAGGAGGAAAAGGAGGUGUUGGUAAUAAACGUUUAGGAAAAUCAAGAAGAUUAAAAGCUAAAUCAAAGAAAUAAUUCAAGUAAUUAAGUUAGAUUCUUUUAUUAAAUAGAUUUACACUACUUCGAUAUGAAAUAAUUCACUAAUAAUAAUAAAUACAUAAUCAGUUAUGUACAAAAAUAAUUAAUUAUUUUUUAUUAAACCAUAAAUAUAAAAUGUAGGCCAAUCGUUUGGAGAGGAAUUUACACAAUACACUGUAAACAACGGAUACCAGAUCGGCGGUCCAAUUAAAAAUUCUAUAACCCAAACA